ACACGCCCCUUGUGUCACGUCAGAGACACCGCCCUUCACGUCCUACUCUCCGUAUUGGCGUGGUGACGUCAGGCGGGGUCCUGGUCGCAUGCUCUUUACGUCAUCACUGUGCUGCCACAACACCGGGUUCCGCAGACAGACAGGGCGACUGCAAUGAAUCCGUUAACAAAAGUGAAGCUGAUCAAUGAGCUGAAUGAACGGGAGGCUCGGCUCGGUGUGAAGGAUUCCGUGUCGUGGCAUCAGGACUACAAGGACAGCGCCUGGAUAUUUCUGGGAGGGCUGCCUUUUGAAUUGACUGAAGGGGACAUUAUUUGUGUGUUCUCACAAUACGGUGAAAUUGUGAACAUUAACUUGGUGCGUGACAAACAAUCCGGGCGUUCUCGUGGAUUCUGCUUUGUGUGUUAUGAGGAUCAGAGAAGUACAGUGCUGGCUGUAGAUAAUCUGAAUGGCAUCAAGGUGAAAGGACGCACAAUUCGCGUUGACCACGUGUCAAAUUACCGCCCGCCUAAAGAUGGCGAUGAUAUCGAUGAAGUGACCAAAACACUCCGGGAACAAGGCUGCGGUGCAGAACGUCCCCCUUCAUCUUCAGAAGAAGAACCACCAGAGGAACCGCAAAAGAUAAAGAAACAUAAAAAGAAAAAGAAGAAAAAGGACAACCGUGAACGUUCCAGCGAAAGAAGCACAAGAAUUGCUGAGACAAUUAAGGAAGAACGUGUGGAUCCAGGGUAUGAGAAAUACAACACUAAACAGACCUCGUCCAGGCAAGAGCGAGAUCAGAGAAGGGCUCCAGAAAGAGACGGUGCUUCGGGAAGCACGGCUAAACCAGCAGCCUAUGACAAGGUUAAGGUAGAAAAUUACAAGGUUAAGGUAGAAGAGAAACCUCACACGUCGGAGAGCAAACAUCGGGACUACGAGGAGAAACGGUCAAAGGAUUUUAAAAGAAAAAGAUGAUUGUGGCGAAUGUGCGUGUGGCUCAGAACGCAGUUGCAAGGACUUGAUUUGAGAUCGAAGGCAACAAGAUCUAAAAAAAAAUGUUGUGGGAAAAGCCGCUCCUGUGUUGUAUAUAGAAAAAUAAGUUUUUGGACCAUCUUUCUGUUUUUAAUAAAACAUUUUUUUUAAAUGG